AUGUCUGUAGCUCAGUCUUUCGACGCUUUCUUGGAAGCUACUCCAACUACAAAGGAGCUAACGGAGCAUGUUGAUGUUGGUACUAACUGGUACAUACUUGGUACAAUGCUUGACUUGGAUCAGAAACGAUUGAGAAGUAUUGAAGCACAAGCUGGCCACACUGACACUCACAAGAUGAUAGAGAUGUUCAAUCUAUGGCUGACCACUACUCCUACUGCUAGUAGGAGACAAGUACUGGAAGUAUUGAGAAAGAGAGUGGUUAAUGAGCAUACAGUUGCUGAUAAAUAUGAAAAAUAUUUAAAGGAGCUUCAUGAUACUACUUAUAUAUCGCUGGCAGUUUCUAUUCUUCAAAGGAAUAUUCAAUCAUUGAAUGAAGCUCUUGUCUCUCCUUUAAAGGUUGCACCAGGAUUUCCCAAAGUAGGCAGCUGUACUUUAUGGAAUAAAGAUUAUGUGAUAAUAAUGGGCUACAGUCAGGAUUUGGAAGGAAAAGCGAAAAAAGAUCAUUGCAGUGAUGAGGAGAAAGAGUUUCUGCACCAAAUAGAAGAUAAUCAAGAUAUUAAAAAAGAUUUUCAAACAAAGCAGGAAAAAGAUGCAUUAUCAGAGUUAAAUGAAGAAUUGAAAAAAAUUAAUAAAGCACAAAAUUUGGAGAUUGAAAAUUUAAAGGCUACUAUCAAGGAAAAAAAUGAAACUAUUGAAGAACCGAUACAAGUACUGCAGAAACAGUCACAGGACAAAGAAGAAGAGGAAGGAGAUUUUCCCCAUAAAGGCCUUUAUUAUGAAGAAGAUGAUGAUGAUUAUUAUUAUUAUGAUAUGAACAAACCACAGGAAAUGCAUUUUUCACUAACUGAAGUACCAGAGUCAGCAAAUAUUGAUCAGCUAUUAAAAUUGAGAGAAAGAAAAGAGCUUGGGUCAGUAGUACUUCAUGAUAAUGGAGUUAGGCUAUGUGAUGUUUCAAUAAAACAAUGUCAAGAGUUGCUAGUCAGGAUGAAAGCCAAGUACUUUUGGAUUGACAUCAAUAGAUCAACUCCUGAUAUUCCACGAUUCCUGAUACCAGCUCUGCUAGAGAUAAGAUCAAUAGGUGUGAUCAAGUUAAAUUGCACCCCACUAGAUUCUGAUGUCAUUCGUUCAUCCUCAUAUCAGUUAUCACACAACCGGACAUUAAAGCAUUUAGUAAUCAAAGAUGGUUCCAUCAAUGAUGACGGAGUAAUAGCAUUAGCACAAUCAUUAAAGCACAACUUGAUGCUGUCUUCUUUAGAUCUUAAUCACAAUCCUGGCAUUACUUCAGCUUGUGUUCAGUCACUAGCUGAACUUUUACUCACUAACAACACACUGACUCGACUUGAUCUACAGUAUAAUAACAUUGAUUCUGAUGGUAUAGUCAUAUUGAUGGAAACUCUCAAAACAAACAAGAUAUUAGAAAUCAGUCUUAACAAGUACCAUUGGCAACGUUGUUCUUCAUUACCUUAUUAUCGUGACAUUAGUGAAAGACUUAAAUUUCUUGACUUUUGCCCCUAAUUUUGUAUAAUUCUUUUAUUUUGUUAAACCUAUAGUAUACUUUAUGCAAUGUUUAAAUCUGUCGUUAGGUGUCACUAA